AUGCAGAGGGAGCACAUCCGCAGAGGCUUCUCUAUAUACGUGGACCUGACUUGGCGUGAUGUAUAUACUAGCCACCAAAAGGUCGUUCUCGAGGUCGACUUCACCGGGAAGCUCUGGGGUUAUACCGAGAUCACUGUGGUUCCCACAAGCAAAGAUCUGAAGACGAUACACCUACAUGCUCGUCAAUGUGAUAUCCACAGUGUCACUGUGGCCUCUCACCCCGCAGAUUUCGUUCACUCGGACCCUCUGGCAACUCUGAGCGUGUCGGACGCAACAGAUGUUCAUCAUCACCCUGAACUCAAGCGCAAGGUUUACUCCGCUCUCCAAGAGGGUGACGAGGGCGAAUUGUCGAUAGCGAUUCCGAAGGAGGUCUCCUUGAGGCAGUCUGGUCAUCGAGCAGCUAAUGGUCUGAUCAGCGAAGCCGCCACCCCAGAGCCCCAAACGCCUGGCCAUCCGUCCCAGCCACUGUUCCCGGUCCCAGAGUUCACGCCAAUACUCGUGAAUAUUGGGUAUAGCAUCAAGAACCCUGCGGAUGGUAUUCAGUUCGUGCUGCCCUCAGAAUCGUACCAAACGCGUGUACCCCACGUCUACACGACUCCAUCUUCACCGGAUGCAGCGCGCUGCUGGGUUCCCUGUGUCGAUAACCUAUGGGAGAAGUGCACAUGGGACUUCGAGUUCAUCGUUCCUCGUUCGCUGGAGCAACAGGAUGUCUUGUCAGAGGAUGAGGACGACACGGCUGAUAGCGAAUAUCCGACUGUUGUGAUCUGUAGUGGAGAAUUGGUUGAACAGGUGUCGCAUCCCUACAACUCGAGCAAGACUAUCUUCGUCUUCUCUCAGCCCACGCUGACGUCUGUCCAACACAUCGCCUGGGCGGCGGGGCCUUUCCACACCCAUGCUAUACCUGCAGAUCUCAGCGCUGCCGAGGACGCCUCUGGUACCACCCAACCCCUCAUGUACGCCUUCUGCUUGCCGGGCCACGAGUCGUUCCUCACGACGACAGUGUCCUUCAUGCGGUCCGCCAUGAGCUUCUACGUGAACGAGUUCGGGUCAUACCCUUUCGGCUCCCAUAAGCUUGUGUUCGUCGAAGAGCUGCCUACCCAGCGUUUCGACGCAACCACGCUAUCUCUCGUCACUGUAGACCUGCUGUAUGGUGACGACGUGAUCGACCAGGUAUACGAAACACGACAUAGCCUGUGUCACGCCCUCGCUUGUCAGUGGAUCGGUAUCAACAUCCAGCAGAAGAUGUGGUCGGAUACUUGGCUGGUCAACGGUCUAGGCCUCUACAUCACCGGUCUAUUCAUGCGCAAGCUUUUCGGCACCAAUGAAUAUAGGUACCGGCUGAAGAAAGACAUGGAACGAGUAAUCGAGCUUGACGGUGGAUCCAUGCCACCAAUAUGCCAGCCACAGUCUCUUGAUCCACCCGACGGCACCAACAUAUCCUUCAUCAAUUUGAAGUCGCCGCUCGUUCUGCACAUCCUGGAUCGUCGACUGGGAAAGUCGGGCACGUCCCUUGGCCUCUCCCGUGUACUUCCCAAGUUGUUCCUCUCGGCGAUCAGUGGAGAGAUGGCGAACAAUCUGAUCUCUACGCACUCGUUCCUGCGAAUGUGCCGGAAGGUCAGUGGCAUCGAUCCUCGUUCUUUUGCCGAGCAAUGGAUCUACGGGAGUGGUUGUCCUACCUUCGGGUUCUCGGCGUCGUUCAAUCGGAAGAAGAUGGCGGUCGAGAUCACGAUGCGACAGGACGCGCCCGCAUACAAGCACCUCGAGAACAACGAGAUCACGAAGAUGAUGCUGAAGCCUGUCCCAUUCUUCGAGGGCCAAAUGACUAUCCGCAUUCAUGAGGCCGACGGUACUCCUUAUGAACAUGUCCUAGACAUCCGGAGUCCGUUCAAGCGAUACGAGGUCCCGUUUAAUACCAAGUACAAGCGUGUCCGGCGGAACACCAAGCGCUAUCUCGCUCGACAAGCCGCAGCUCAGGCAGCGGCCGAAGGCGACGCGGAUGCUGCAGCGGCGAUGGAUAUGGUAGACAUGGGUUUCGGGCUGGACAUUUGGGAGAAGGAACAGGAACGCGAGAAUUGGAAAGUUGCGGACUGGACCGAAGAGGACGAGCAAAAUAUGGCUGGUCAAACCUACGAAUGGAUCCGCAUCGACGCCGAUUUCGAGUGGAUCGCGGCCAUCGCAUUCGAUCAGAAGGACUACAUGUGGGUCUCUCAGCUUCAGCGCGACCGGGAUGUCGUAGCGCAGUAUGAGGCUAUCCUGGUUCUGUCGAAGACCCCCAAUCCGAUCAUCUCGAGUACUUUCACGAAGACAGUCCUGGUCUCGAACUACUACUUCCGGAUACGUUGCGAGGCUGCGGCCGCCCUUGUCACGUGUGCCAAUCAGCGACUAGAGUGGCUAGGGCUCUUUCAUCUGUUCAAGCUCUUCUUACGGUAUUGCUACGAGCCCGAGGACCCAAAGGCCGACCUGUUCAGCCAUACUUACGUGCCACGUCCCAAUGACUUCAGUGACUUUGCGGAGUAUUUUGUGCGGAAAAGCAUCUUGAGUGCGAUCUCCCGGGUCCGUUUCGAGAAUGGCAAGUCACCACCGGUUAUCCGGCAGUUUCUGGUUGAUCAACUGCGGUACAACGACAACACUACCAACCCGUACGCCGAUGCAUUCUACAUCUGCAACAUCAUCUCUGCUCUAGGUUGCGCAACCGUAUCCUCGCACCCUCCGGAGCGAGGAGAGUUCAUCUCGAACGAUGCAGCGCCCGCCCAGGACCCUCAGGAUGCUGCGUUGUUGCAGGCUGCGUUGUCUGAAGUUGAUAGGUAUCGCAGCAUGGAUCGUCUCAUUCCUACGUAUCAUAAUGUUGUGACUGUCGCUGUGAUUGAGUUCCAAAUGCUGCUCAGCCUAGCUGGCCUUGUUCCGCACGAUCCUCGACCUUUCUUCCCACUGACUCGCGAGGGCAACUAUAUUCAAGUGCGCAUUGCGGCCUUCGACUAUCUCUUCCUGGGGAGGUGGUACACGCCGAAGAUAAUGCGAUACAUCCUGGCCGUUAUGGCUAGUGACUCAUCGCGCAUUAUCCGUCGUCACGUCGCUCGGAGCGCUUGUCAGAGCCUAGCACUCCUCGUGUCGAUGGGAGAGAUGAAGACGCCAAAGGAAGCCGACUCUCUCAUGAUCGAAGAAGACGGUAAUGGUGGGGAAAGGGUCAAGGAGAACAAGAAAUCCGAAACGGAGCUCAUGAUCAAGGCUUUGCGGAAGGACCGAGAGGUCGGGAAGAACGAGGCGAUUCGGGAAUUCUUGAUGCCUAUCGCUUUAGCACCGGAUACGGAUUGCGAAGUCCGAUGGUGUCUGCUGAAGCUCGCAGACCUCCUCAUCCGUGGUCAAGAGGAGACAGCCCCCAAAGUCACCAUACACCUUCCUCCUACGCCGGUUGCGGAAGCUCCUCCACCUCUACCUACUGUCAAGCUCUCUAGCAAGUCUCAGCGUUCGCUGAAGUCAGGCGCACCCACCCCCAAGAGCCCGCUCCCCUCUUUCACCUUCCCUACCAAGCUCAAGAUCAUGCCUAGCAACACCCAGGUCGACACUUCUGCCGCACCGACUCCGAGCACUCCCGCGCCCCCUACAGCGUCGGGCAGACGUGGCGGCGGCGAGUUCUCUGUUCCAAAGGUACCUGCUAAGGUGGCGGCUACAGCGCAGAAGGAGAAGAAGAUCCCGAAGGCUGUCCCGAAGGCGCAGUCAGGCGGCAUGCCUUUGAACGACCUGCGGGCGUGCAGGACCGCUCUCAAGAAACUGCAGACCCACAAGAAAGCAGCCGUGUUCCUGCAGCCGGUGGAUCCCGUCAGAGACCGUGCACCCAAUUAUUUCGACAUCAUCAAGUCUCCAAUGGACCUGAGUACCAUGGGCGCCAAGCUGGAGCAGGGACAGUACAAGGACCGGUUCGCUUUCGAGGCCGAUUUCAGGCUAAUGAUCAACAAUGCGAAGACGUACAACGUAGCCGGAAGCUUCGUUCAUGCGGAGGCGGUUGCUUUAGAGUCUUUCUUCGACACGACAUGGGUACGCAUCAACAAGACGUUAGAAGCUGCUAGCAAGAAGGAGCAGGCGCAGCCAGCUCCGCCUUCACCUGCGCCCCCUAUCCAGACUCCUGCCCCUCCUCCCAAGGUGCCAAAGGCGUCGACACCUACGGCCACUUCCGCGGCGACGCCUCCUGUCCCUAUCCUCAAGCUCAAGUUAGGCGGUGGCGGCGGCGGCCCCUCAGCACCCAACGGCACUAUAUCCUCCCCUGCUGCGUCCAAGCCUGCUCCUAAAGCAAAGGGUAAGAAGCCCAAGGAGCCGAAGUUGUCAGAGGUGCCCCCUCCUCCUCCCGUCUCUGCUCCUGAUACUGCGCUGGCUCCACCUUUCGAUGACAUCGACGACGGUUCUGCAGACCUGCUAGAGGAAGUGAUUGCUAUUGAGCGACAGCAGAAGGAGAAAGGGAAGGGUCACGAACGUCGACGAACACCUCCUGCUCCUCACAAGGAGAAAGAACGUGAGAAGCCCGCACCACCUCCACCUACGGACAAGAGCAAAGAACGCUCUAUUCCUAAGCUAGUCAUCGGGAAGCGGAAGAAGGAGGAGGUGGACACCACCGAGGACGAGAUUCUCGCGCUUGCGACACCAGCUAAGAAGGAGCGACCGAGUGUUCCUGCCGCUGGCAGUUCAUCUGCUCCUACGCUGUCUGUCUCGACUCCGAAGCGCGUCGAAUCUCCAGCCCCAGCCAGGAAUGGGGUCGCAGCUCACAAGUCGAAGGAGAAGCUAUCAAAGCCUUCGCCACCCACGACGGACCACGUACCAACGCCUUCACGCGUGUCUACCAAAGGCAAGGAGAAGGAGCACUCGCGCCCAGUAACGCCUGCCAAUGGCAAGCCGAAGAAGGCACCUACCCAGGCGACCCCGCUGAACGAGAAGAAAUGCAGGGACAUUCUGCGCCUCUUAGCGAAGCAACCGGAAGCGCCGAUCUUCAUGCGCCCCGUCGACCCUGUGGCAGACGGGUGUCCUACGUAUUACGACGAGAUCAAGGAACCGAUGGAUUUCGGCACUAUGCAUACCAAGCUGGCCGAGGGAAAAUACGCAACUAUGGAGGAUUUCGCGAAGGAUGUCGGACUCGUCUUCAACAAUUGCCGCACAUUCAACCCUCCGACGACGUAUCCCGUCAACUGCGCCGAUGCAUUAGAGAAGCUCUUCAAGAAGGAGUGGGCCAAGCCGGCGGAGAAGAAGCUACCGCCCGGCGAGAGGAAGCAGUUAGUAGCCAUGAUGAAGCGACUCAUUGACGAGCCUAUCUCAUGGGUGUUCCGAGAUCCUGUGGAUCCUGUAGCUCUGGGAAUCCCUACCUAUUUCGACGUCAUACCGCGCAAGGACGCUCGAGACUUGCGGACGAUCCUCUCGAAGCUCAACCAGGAGAAAUUCGAAUCCAUCGACGCGUUGGAAGCAGAUCUAGACCUUAUGAUCAAGAACGCUAUCCUCUUCAAUGGCGAGGAUUCGGAAGUUGGCGACAUGGCGGUCAAGUUGCAGAACAGGUAUCGUGAGCUGCUCGCACCCAUUAGGGGUGGUCAAGCAAACGGACAAGCGAAGCGGAAGGGAGUGGACGCUGGCAAACCACCACCGACGAAGAAGGCGAAGCUGGGAUGAAGAACAGGAGGUUUGAAAUGCUGCUAUGAUCAUAUGUGGACUAUGUCUUUCGGAAUGCUUUGCUGUCAGCAUCUGCUUGUCGAUGUAUGCACCUCGGCCUGUACAACGUAUAAUACAUACCAUCGUCUCUGUAAUAUUAGUUUAGCGAACAUCAGUACUAGUUGUGUGGUCGACAGAGGAGAGUGAUG